GUAUACGUUUUUCAAUGGACUUUAUUCCUGUUCUACAUUCACCACAUCCUCACCGUAUGAUGACAUGUGACAGUAUUUCUCAUACCAUUUCCCACGAUCGGAUUUUCCAAUAAGAACAGUCAAUACGUGUUUUGUAGAGAACUGAACGAACUAUCCUUUAGUUGAAAGAUUUGCUCGAUUAAUUAGACGAAUUAAUUGCUCGUAUUCCGUUAGACGAAUAUCGAGUUUUUGCUCAAUUUCGUAUAGAACGAUUUUUACUGCCCGUGACACUCAUUACUCCAACAUCUUCGUCUUUAGCACAACAGGUUGAUCAUGUCUUUUCCGAUCUACGCAACCACGAUAUUACGACUGCUUAUUACCUGUUGAGUGAAAACAAGAGUAAAACAGUUGCUGAUGUUGUUGAAGAAGCUGCUCAGGGUAUCAUUAUAGAAGGAACAGCACUUGAUAAAACACAUGAAGCAGAAUGGUUAGCUCAACAGUUACGCAAUGUUAAACAUUUUGGCGCUAGUAUCGACUUCAUAGAAGAAGUCUAUAUUCUUCCAGACAUUCCUUCGGAAAUUCGACGGAGUACAUAUGCGUGUAUUAUUUAUUCAACCCAACUACCUAAGGAAGCCUUAAAUCUGUGUCUGUUUAAUUCGCAAUCUUGUGAAUCGAUUUUUCGAAACACAAGGGCACUAAGUGGUGCAUAUUCUACAACUGUGAAUUUCACCGUAUAUGAUUUUCUACGUCGAGCACAAAAGUUAACCAUCCUCAAUGACAUAAAAUCAAAAGAAUUGGUAGAAACCGAGAAACAAUUGAAAUUUCCUGUUCAUCAUAAACACAAGCAUGAUAAUCAGUUUUUAUCAUUACAAAACUUAAGUGAUGUUGAAAGUUUGGACGUAGAACAAACGAUUCGAAAUUCAUAUGAAUUUGCUGUUAAACUCAUUGAACUGCUGAAUAUAUCAAAAGUCUUGAAAAAAUACAAUGUGUUCAAAUUAGAUGAAUUAGGUGAAUUUAUCGGUCAUCAUUUAAGAACAAAAUCAAAGCUUGCUGACAAUUCAAAAAUGGAUAAUGAUAAUUCAUCCAAAAUCGAUUCUGAAUUCGAUCUAGGGGAUGAUAACGAAGAUAACAAAGACGAACCUUCAAGGACUAAGAAUACGAGAGCAGGUUGCUGA